AAAAAACACACACAACAUAAAAUAAAACGUAGUCCAUUGCAGAUGAUGAACAAGUUGAUGAACUGAGAGUGUGAGGCAAGCGAACGAAUCAACAAAGAUGCGGAUCUUCGACAACUCGGCCGAAUCACCGAAUGAGAAUGUAAGUGACAUGGAAUCGGAUUCGAGUAAAAAUGGAGGCAAUGUACAAAUGGAAUUGAAGUUGGAAAAAAGUUAUAUGGAUCCGCAGUUGGAAAGGGAUGUUUCUGAAGCUUGGCAUGAGAUGAUGGAGACUGAGAGUCGGGGGGUUGCGAACAGGGUGGUGGAUCUGGAGAGAAGAGUCUUGGAGCAGGGCGAUGAAUUGGUGUGUUUGAAAGCUACAUUGGCGGAGGCUUUGCGAAGAAUAAACAUCCUCGAAGGAUCACGAUUAGCGCAUCAAAUUGUAACGACACCAGUGCAGGCUCGAAAUGGAGGACAUGCGACGACCCCAACAAACGCACCGGUCCUCAAACGUCCCACAAGUUACUCAGCCUCCAGAACUGAUUUGAAUAGGAAAAGCUAUGCCGGCAGUUCUUUGCCGCAGAGACGUGCCAUCCAUUACCAGUCGACUGGAUCUUUACAUAGUGACAGCCAGAGCUCAAGCAGUGUAUCCCCUGUGCCAUCGCCUUCUCCGAGGGCUACCCCGCAGCCCUUGAGCAAGAGGCCGCCUUUGGUAUCGCCCUCACAGACCACCACCUUACAUAAAAGGUGGAGCUCUACCGGCGAUUUCAACCAGCACAUUAAUAUGCAAUCGAAAUUUUCCACAAAAUCCUUUUUGAAUUUAUAUAUGAAACCGUCAACAACCUCAUCGUCCAAUAUAAAGCACGGCACCCGUGAUGUAAGUUAUAAUGAAGAUGACCAAACGCUCAAGAUGUACUUGCGUGGGCGUCCUGUCAUCCUGCACGCUCCGACCGAUAUUGCCGACAGUUUCGACCUGACGAAGGUAUCCACGGCACCUUCUGAAAGGUUGAAACUGGAUUGGGCAUACGGAUAUCGCGGCAGGGAUUGUCGCUCCAACCUGUACCUACUUCCGACCGGUGAAAUGGUAUAUUUCGUAGCAGCCGUCGUUGUCCUUUACAACGUUGAAGAACAAAACCAGCGGCAUUAUUUGGGCCACACGGAUGAUGUGAAGAGUUUGGCCAUUCAUCCGAAUAAAUUGCUGGUAGCAACCGGACAAUGCGCCGGCCACGAUAAAAGAGAUGCAAGGCCGCACAUCCGGAUUUGGAAUUCUGUUUCGCUGCAUACUCAGGCUAUAAUUGGAGUGAACGAGUUCAAUGUAUCCGUAUGCUGCAUAUCGUUUAGCAAAGCAGAUGGUGGGUCACUCUUGCUAGCCGUCGACGAGGCUCAAGAUCACAUGAUCUCCGUCUGGGAUUGGCAAAAAGGAGAAAACGGUCACAAAAUUACCGAAACCAAAUGCUCCGUUGAUACGGUGGUAGCCGCCGAAUUCCAUCCAUUGGACAGAAAUAACAUCGUAACUUGCGGUAAAAAUCACAUCGCUUUUUGGACCUUGGAUGCGGGUGGCACUCUCUACAAGCGUAUGGGAAUCUUCGAAAGUCGUGAUAAACCAAAAUUCGUCCUUUCCGUUGCGUUCUUACAGUCUGGAGAUGUUAUUACUGGAGACUCUAACGGAAAUCUGGCGAUUUGGGGAAGAGGCACAAACACUGUUCAAAAGUUCAUUAAGAACGUUCACGAAGGCGGAAUUUUCUCGAUCUGUGUGACCAAGGAUGGAAGCGUUAUUACUGGUGGCGGUAAGGAUGGAAAAUUGGUUCAGUUCGAUCCGAACCUUUCGAAAAAUAGGGAGGAGAUUACCAUCGAAAAGCAUUUCGGUGGCGUGAGGGUGGUAUCGGAAGGAAGAGGCUCGCAAUUACUCCUAGGUACAACCAGAAACUGCAUUUUGGUUGGCACAGUUGGUUUAGCUUUUCAGCCGAUUGUCUUGGGACAUGCCGAUGAAUUAUGGGCUCUGGCUGCCCAUCCCAGCGUACCGCAAUUCGCUACUGCAGGUCAAGAUAAAUUACUGCAAAUGUGGGAUUCCAUGUCGCACAGUAUUUUGUGGAGUAAAGAUAUUGGGGAACAAGCUCAUAGUAUCGCAUUCUCGAGUGAUGGUUGUGUGGUGGUCGUUGGUUGUUUGGAUGGCCAAUGGUUGGUUUUCGAUACGCAGAGCCGCGAGUUUUUGGGAAAAUACAAGGACGGCGAUGAACCAAUACAGACAAUUACCUUCUCUCCAGAUGGUAACCUUCUCGCAGUUGGUUCAAGAGAUAACAACAUUUAUAUUUACCAAGUCUCCGAACAAUAUAGGUUCUCGAGAAUUGGAAAAUGCCUUGGCCAUUCUAGUUUCAUAACACAUAUAGAUUGGGCAGAGGAUAACCAAUCGUUGCGUAGUAAUUCUGGAGACUACGAACUUCUAUACUGGAAUGCUACAACUUGCAGGCAAAUAGUGCAAAGCUCUACCAUGAAGGAUAUAAAAUGGGCUACAAAUACAUGCACAUUAAGUUUCGGAACCGUUGGUAUUUGGCCCGAGAACGCCGAUGGAACAGAUGUAAAUGCCUGUUGUACCAACAGCGUUGAUACAUUGAUGGCAACAGGCGAUGACUUCGGAAAGAUCAAGUUAUAUUCAUAUCCGGUUUCCCAGCCUAAGUCAUUGAACCACGUCUAUGGGGGACACAGCAGCCAUGUGACCAACGUUACAUUUAUACACGAUGACUCGCGAUUGGUCUCAGUCGGUGGUAAAGAUACGAGCGUCCUGCAAUGGACCGUAUCAUAGAUAAGAUGAACAAGUGAUUUCUAUUUAUUUGAAUUCAAGAAAUUCGAAGUUUUUAAAAUAAGAAAUGCACGUAUUCCAUUCUGCUUAACUACACAUGAACUGCAAAGAAGUGUGUCACAAUAUAUGCAACUUGCGUUUUCUCCAAAACUAGUUUUUUCAAGGAUUGGAAAGCAUAAUGCUUAUCUCAUUAAAAAAAUACUUUUAUAUACUUAGUUUAAACACUUGUUAUAUUUAUAAUGUACAAUUGCU